AUGUGCGAGUGGUUGGGUGCGGCGCCUCGCUUCUGCGAGCCCCGCCGAUCCAGUGCUGCACGCGCACGGUCUUUGCCCCCUGCUGUGAGCAAGGGUGAGGAAGAUCCGCGGAAUCGGCAGAAGGAGCUGCAGGAGCUCAUCGUGAGUGCAGAGAACGUGGAAUGCAUCCUCGCGACAGUUCGGGAGUUGGAGGGUGCCAUCGUCAUCUCCACGGCGCUUCACCGGCUGGGCAAAGUGCCGGUGACUCCGCAGGUCUUCAAAGAUCCCCGCUUCCACCUGCUGCUGGACCGCUUCAGAUCACGGCUGCCAUUCUUUGGCUCACGGCAAAUCGCCAACUCGCUGCACGGGCUCGGUGUGAUCUGCUACCGCGAGGGCGGCGCCUGGGUUGACAUGGUCUCCAUCCAAACGCAACGGCGGAUCCAUGAGUUUGAGCCGCAGCACGUGUCGAACACACUUUGGGCGUGUGCCCGCAUGCAGCUGCAAGAGCCCCUCAUGCUUCGCGCGCUGACUUCGCGGGCGAUUGAAGACAUCCAGCGUUUCUGUCCCCUGGACAUCUCGAUCUGCACCUGGGCCUUUGCGACCAUGAAGCGCCGCGAGCCUGAGUGGCUGCGUGCCGUGGUCCGAGCUCGCUGUGACUUCAGUGACUUCUCACCUCAGAACAUGUCAAACUUCGUAUGGGGGCUCAGCACGCUGGGCUUCCGCAACGACAACAUGGUACUGGCUGUCGGUCGAGAGGCGUCGAGGAAGAUCCAGGACUUCAUUCCACAAGAGCUUUCCAACUUCUCCUGGGCCCUGGCCACCAUGGACCUAUGUGACAACUUGAUGCUGCGGGCCAUCGCGGAGGAGGUGGAUAGGCGAGGGGCAGAGGUGAACACCUGGGACCCGCAGAGUCUCUCGAACAUGAUGUGGGCCUAUGCCACCUUGGCCCUAAAGGACGACCCUUUGUUCCGGCGCCUGCUUGAUGCUUCUAUAGAACGGAUCACAGACCACGACACGCAGAAUCUGGCCAACAGUACCUGGGCCACAGCUAUGGUCGGCUUUCGAUGCUCUCGCUGGCUGGACCAGGCGGCCCAAGCUGCCGUCCGGAAAAUUCGGGACUGUCAGACGCUGCAUUUGGCACAGCUGGCCUUUGCCUUCUCACGCUUCUGCUUCCCUGGGCAUGCCCAUGGCUUCCUCCCAGCGCUUCUGGAGGAGACCCUUCGACGGGUGGAGGAGUUCCCACCGCAGUCGCUCUUCGAUGUUCACGACGCGCUGAGAUUCUUCGACGUGCUACCUAAGUCAACGAGCAUCGAGCGGCGCCUCACCUGCUGCUUCGAGGAGACGCUGCAACGACUGGAGUCCUUUGCAAGGCUGGCCGCAAAUGGCCGACCUACAGCAGCGCAGGUGUCGGCAUACCAGCGUAGUGUGGAGCAAAGUGACAUCGUCACCUUGGGCGAAUACUGGACACUGCAGUUUCUCAAGCACUUCGGCCUCCUGUGCCCGAAGAACGACCCCUUCAUUCCAGAUGCCCGGCAACGUAUCCUGGACUUCCGUGCGGAGGAGGCGGCGAAGGAUCCCGUGAGCCGCUCCCUCUUCCACCGGGCACAGUGUGCCUGGCAGCUGAGUUUGGGUGAGGAAAGUUCCUUGGCCGAUGGACUCUUCGAGAGUGGUGAGCCCGUUGCGGGGGCACCAGCAGGCCACGGGCUCUUCGUCUGCCGACUUCGGCAUACGCGCGAGGGGGACGCGGAGGUCCAGGCGCUAUGUGCAGCCUUGGACACCAGCAUCCUCCGGAGUGGACGUUCUCCCCCAGGCCUCAGCUUGAACUUGCACCUCUCCGAUGUGCCCUGUGUUUCCUGCCUCGGUUGUACCCUGCAGUUUCAGUUUCGCUUCCCGGGUGUUCUACGCGUGUCCUUUGACAGAGGACGCAUGCUCAGCAAGGAUUCCGUGCCAAUUCCCAGGCCGCCGCCGCCACCAUCGAAGAAGGGCAAUCCGAUUCCCUAUGCGCCGAUGCCUGAUGCGCCACGAUCAGAUGGUGUGGAUCGUAGCAUGGUGCGCAAAGAGCUCCCGCAGGGGCACGCCGACACCACGUCGUUCUACCUCAACCCACUCCUGGCAUCGCGGCGGCCAAAUGGAGCUAGCAAAGGUGGUGAGGAAGCAGUUCCACACAAACUGGUGCGAGGCAGGAACGGAAACCAGCAGACCUACUACUUUUCCUCCGCUCCAACCUUCUUCGACACAGAGGACUAUGAGUCUUACUAG